CGCCAACAACUUCGCCCUGAAAGCCAAACGGAAGACUCUGAACGCGGGAGACGUUCUGGCCGCGAUGGAGGAAAUGGAGUUUGAGAGAUUCCUGGAGCCGCUCAGAGAAGCUCUGGAAGUGUACAAGAAGGGCCAGAAAGGGAAGAAGGAGGUUUCGGAGCAGAAGCGUAAAGACAAGGAGAAGAAGCCGGACUCUGAGAACGAUAAGAGCCGGGAGGAGGAGGAGGAAGAGGAGGAGGAGGAAGAGCGCAUGGAGGAGGACCGCGUGGAGGAGGAGCCCGAAGCCGAGAACGAAGGCGAGGACGAGGAGGUGGAGAACUGAUAAGAGCCG